AUGGCAUACCGAAUUACACCAAACUUACAGGAGACAAUCAACCUUUAUGCAAAAAUUCCACAAACCGGUGUGUCAUUAAGACAGAUGGUUAUGUUUGGCCAAACCCCCUCCCAAGGAACUUUAUUUAGAGCUAAUCAAUUUUUGGCAGAUGAAUUGCCGAUUAGAUUAGCACGCAAUGUUAAAGAAUUAGAUGAUUUGCCUCAUAAUUUUAAUGAAAUGUCAUCUAUAGUUAAAGUAAAGAAUUGGUAUGCUCAAUCUUUUAUGGUAUGA